ACGGCCGCGCCGGCGGAUGACCGCUGCCGGGCAGCGCCUCGGGAAGGCGCGGGCAGCGGUUCGCCGCGGGUAGACCCGGCCCCCUUGCCACGCCUUCCGCCACCCCGGACAAGCCGCGGCACCACCGGGCUACGGUACGGCGCGCACCACCCAGCCCGGAGCGGGGACGGAGGCCGCGGACACCCACGGGCCAUGGCAGGAAAAGCCCACAGGUUGAGCACGGAGGAGAGGGAGCAGCUGCUGCCAAACCUGAGAGCUGUGGGGUGGAAUGAGGUGGAAGGCAGAGACGCCAUCUUCAAAGAGUUCCACUUCAAGGACUUCAACCGGGCCUUUGGCUUCAUGACCAGAGUGGCUCUACAGGCAGAAAAACUCGAUCACCACCCCGAAUGGUUCAAUGUGUACAAUAAGGUUCACAUCACCUUGAGCACCCACGAGUGUGGAGGCUUAUCAGAGCGAGACAUCAACUUGGCCAGCUUCAUUGAGCAGGUUGCAGCUUCCCUCUCCUGAUCAGAGACACACAAAGCCAAAAACCAACUGUGCCGCUGCCACAACUCGCGUCUCGCCUAGACAACUGCACCUAGAGCCAUCCCCCACUUCCAAGCUAGUUCCUGGAUCCAGACUGCCUAACACCAUGCCAAAGUCCCCACCCACAGCUCAGUUGGAUGGAGCCACUUCUUGGGCACUGUGCACAUAUCCAUCUCUGAUCUUGCCAUUUCCACUCUUAAACCCUUCAUUAGCUGAGCGCCACCAGCCCGCAAACUGCUGAGCCUCUGGGGCUUUCAAUAUACCUGCCCUUUUACCAGGAGUCACGUUACACAAUUGCACCAGUAAAUCUUUCCAGAGCCUGACCCCAUCCAGCCACUUACUGUCGUAUUUCUUCUUACUUGCUGGAAUAUGCUUUCUACCUAAAACAUUGUACAUGAACCCUCUGGUUUCUCUGUAACAUACCAGCAACUGUGAUGUGCAAUUUGGUUAUUACUGUAACCUCUCUCUAGCAUUAUUAUAAGCAGGCAUGUGAUGUUGUAACUGGCCUUUAGUAGGAUAUAAACUGAAAAUGUUUACAAUAAAUGUCUUGGUUAACCCAAUGUCAGUUUGGAAGGAGGCCUCACUGUCAAAAUUACACCAACAGGUUUUCCCAAGGCAGGUACUGGCCUGACUGCUCUCAAGAAGGUGCUUCUGCCAGGGAAAAGCUUCUUGAUGAAGCAACGCAGAGAAAUGACACGUGCCUUCACAGGCUUGCACCUCAAAGUGAAUAGGAUCUGAAAGAGAAUAAGAUUAUCAAAGCCAGAGCAGAUCAGAUAAAAACUGCUUGUGCUAAAGUUAGAUGUGUACCAUAGGCAAGGCACAAACACAGGGAAGGCACAACCAAAAGGCAUGAAAGCCCCAUAGCAAGGAGCCAGGGGCUGCUUAUGGUGGAAUACCUCCCAAAAAGAGGCUGUAGGUGGAUUUGGUGGUGUAAGAUCUUCGCUCCAGUAACAAUGAUCACUACAUUCAGGGAGUCUGCAGCCAAAUCUCUGUGUUUCUGGUACAACAGGAACAAUUUGCUGUGAAACCAGCAGUAGUUACUUUAAGCAAAACAGUCUAGAAGAAAUGCUACAAAGCCCCAAUCGAGGUUUGUUGGUGUUUUGGUUUGGGGGUUUUUUUUCUAAAGUUCUAUAAAGUAUUAAAAUCAUAGCUCUUAAAUGACAAUUUCUAGCAUCUCUGAACGUGACACAAGACAUAGCCAUGAACACCACCUCUAUGUUAACAGAAUGAAAAAGCAGCCCUCAGGCAGAGUUAGUAACAUUCAUAAACUGCUCUCCCUGCAACAGACUAGACUGUGCGUGAGCAAAGACCAGGAGUAAUAGGUCCCCAUUCUUUCAAAUGAGCAUCGAAAUGGAAAAAUAAAGAGUUCAAUGAGCCUAAGUAGCUAAAUGCACCAUUUUAAUACAAACUAGGCCCAUUUUCACAAUCUCUUCAUCUAUUUCAGCCUUAAGUUUUACAGUGGCAAAUUAGAGCAAUACAGAAUACUGCCAUCAGAUGAACUCAACCCAUUUGUUCAUUAAAAAGUCAAUGUGU